ACAUGCUCCCUUCUCAGACUCUCUCUGUGUCCGAAUCUCAGCGUUUACUUUAUUUUAAGCUUGUUCCCUUUUCUUUCUAGUUUCUAGAUCUAAUCCCCUUGCUUGUAGUGAGUGAGUCAGAUUAGCUCAGAGGCGUCGCUCGCCCAUAGACUCCAAAUUUCAAGCUCAGCUAGCUCCAUCCCCACCCCACACCCACACCCCCUCUCCUCUUUCUUCGAUCCGGCUCCGAUCCGGCUCACUAUUCGCGCCGAUCCGAUUCCAGCUUCCACCUCUCUCUCUCUCCCUCCCUCCAUUUCUUUCCCUCUUCUUUCCUAGCAACUGACUCAGCCACUGUUAGUCCUUUCAACCAAACCCUUUUCUUCUUCUUCUUCUUCUUGGAUUUUUUUAUUUUAUGAAUUUCAGUUUUGGUUUCCCGGAAAAUGUGAACGGAGAUUCCUAGGCUGGAACAGUAACAGUAAAUAAAAGGAUGGACUGGGCUGCAAGUAACGCUUUCAAAAAUUUCAAAGAUGUGGAACCCAAGUCCAUCAUGGAAAUGGGAAUCAUUCCGCACAUUGAUGCAGGUGAUAUUGGUUUGGGGUCCUCAGACAAGGGGAACGCUGCUACUCCUCCUUCAACAAAACCGAGAAAGAAGACCAUGACGUCCGUUUAUCUCAAGUUUUUCGAGACAGCUCCGGAUGGAAAAAGCCGCCGGUGCAAGUUCUGUGGACAAAGCUAUUCCAUUGCUACUGCCACUGGCAAUCUGGGGAGGCACCUAGGUAAUCGGCAUCCAGGGUAUGAUAAGUCGGGGGAUGUUGUUAGUGUUUCCAAUCCUUCACCACAGCCCAUCACUGUAAUCAGGAAGCAUCAAUCUCAAGCAAAAGCAACUCAAGUGGAUUAUGAACAUUUAAAUUGGUUGCUCGUUAAAUGGCUUGCUUUAGCUUCGCUCCCUCCUUCAACCUUGGAAGAAAAGUGGCUCGCCAACUCUUUUAGGUUUUUGAAUCCAUCGAUACAGCUCUGGCCGAGUGAGGAUUACAAGAAAAUAUUUCGUGAUGUUUUCAGGAGUAUGCAGGAAGUAGUAAGAGCAUCUAUGGAAAAUGUUUCUUCAAAGGUCUCAAUCACGCUUGACUUUUGGACUUCUUAUGAAAGGAUUUUUUAUAUGAGUGUCACCUGUCACUGGAUUGACGAGAACUGGUCUUUCCAAAAGGCAAUGCUUGAUGUUUGUCACAUUCCUUUCCCUUGUGGGGUUGUCGAGAUCUACAACUCUCUAGUGAAGGUUCUUAGGUUGUACAACAUUGAGAGUAGAAUACUUUCCUGCACCCAUGAUAACAGUCAAAGUGCCUUACAGAACUUGGAUGGUCAGAAUGUGGGGCACUUCUGUUAUAUCCCCUGUUCUGCUCACACUUUGAGCUUGAUCAUAGAUGAUGGAUUGAGAACCAUAGAACAAGUAAUCGCUAAGAUCAGAGAGUUUGUAUUAUGUUUAAAUGCAUCAUCAGAGAUCUCAGAGGAAUUUACUCAAUUGACUGCAGCUUACCACGAAGGCACUUGGAAAAUUCCACUUGAUACCUCAACACGGUGGAGUGGCAACUAUCAGAUGCUUGAUAUUGUAUGCAAGGCUUCUAAGUCCAUGGAUGCUGUUAUCAGGAAGUAUGAGACACUAGGCAAUAGAAUGCUGCUGAGCUCUGUGGAGAAGAAUGCAGUCAAUAAUGUGCAUCGAUAUCUAGAACCCUUCUACAAAACCACAAACAACAUGUGCACAAACAAGGUGCCCACAGUGGGGCUGGUUCUCUUCUUCAUGGAUCACAUUUCUGAGACGAUUGCUACUUGCAGAGAUUCACACCUUUAUCCAGAGUUGAAGAAUGCUGCUGAAGACAUGGCUAAGAAGGUUAGAAACUACAAUAGCCAGGUUUGCAACAUAUUUACCUACAUGACAGCAAUUCUUGAUCCUCGAAUUAAAGGAGAGCUAAUUCCUGAGAGCCUUAAUUCAGACAAUUUUCUUGAGGAAGCGAGAACCCAUUUCAUUAGAAACUAUUCUAUCAAUCAUUUCCCAUCCAUGACUGGUGGAUACAGCAAUCAAGAAAUAGAGGAGGGAGGUAAUGUCUCUUUUGCUGAGGAAAUUGCCCGAAAGAAAAGAAGGGCAAACACGAACAAUUCCAGUGAUGAGCUCACUCAAUAUCUGUCAGAGCCUCCAGCUCCAUUAGCAACAGAUGUUCUCGAGUGGUGGAAGGUCAAUAGUAUGCGCUACCCGCGACUUUCUGUAAUGGCUCGGGAUUUCUUGGCUGUGCAGGCAAAUUCAGUGGCACCUGAAGAACUGUUCUGUGGCAAAGGUGCUGAAAUUGAUAAGCAGCGAUUUUGCAUGCCACAUGAUAGCACACAAGCUCUCCUUUGUAUAAGGUCAUGGUUACAAAGCGGGAUGAAGUUGAAGUACAAGACAACCGAAAUAGAUUUUGAGCGUCUGAUGGAAUUGGCAACAAGUGCUGAUAAUCAUAGUAGUAAUGCUGGUUCGGAGAAGAAACAAAGGCAAUGACAGAAACACAGCAUUGCAGGGUCUGGGAACUAAUCCCACUUCAAAGAGGAAAAAUGGCAUUGUAACUGUUUUAAAAGGCUUUGUUGUAACUUUAGGCCACGUUUUCAUAUAUGGAUGUACAGUUCAAAAUUGUGAUAGUGCUAACCAGAGUAAGAGACAUCAAUCACCUGAUGAUUGAACAUAUUUUGUUGCAGACAUAAACGGAAAGAUUUCUGUUUGUCACUUCAAGGAGAUAUUUGUCAGUGAAAAUAAGGAGAAUAUAAACAUGACAUUC